AAUUUUCGGUCAUUUUAUAAUCUUACUCAGAUACACGGAUAUGUAGAUAAUAUUAAAAUCGUUUCUACUUGUUAGUAACAUGGUAAUACUACUUUUAACUCUUUUUAAUUAUUAUUAAACCCAAAUAAAUGUGUAUUUGUAGUUGUUCAUAACUGUUUUUAUGUUAUAAGUGAUAUUUUAUUUGUGCAUAAAGAAUUUUCAUUUAACUUCAUCUCAUUAAAAAUUGUUACAUAAUAAUAAUACGAUGGCUGAACCAGAUGAAAAUCCUUUUGGAGAUCCUCAUCCAUUUCAGGAUCCUUCAGUCAAAGAGCUAACUACUAAUAAAGUACAAUCUUUAAUAGAAGAUUUCAAUCCAUUUGGAAAUGACCAAAAUGUGGUUAACAACUCGAAACCAGCUGUUAGAGGAGCUGCUAACCCACCUUUAAAUUCAAUGCCAGCUGUAAUGUCACCAACACAAGAAUAUCCAGUAACAUCUCAAAUUGCACCUAAUUAUAGUAGAAGUACUGGUGAUGUUUCUGCUGAUCUAUUGGCUAGAAAAGCUGAACUUGAUAGAAGACAAGCUGAAUUGGACAAGAGAGAAGAAGAACUUCGCAAUGCUUCAAUAAAUGUUCGUCAGAAUAAUUGGCCUCCCUUACCAAAACAGUGUUGCUAUCAACCAUGCUUUUAUUUGGACAUAAAUGUUGAAAUUCCACCAGAUUUCCAACAUGUUGUUAGGCAACUUUAUUAUAUGUGGCUUUAUCAUACAGGUUUGCUAGCAGCUAAUGUAGUCAUGGCCACUAUUUUACUAUUCUUUAGAGGUGCACUUGGAACUUUUGUUUCAUCUAUUAUUUAUACUGCUGCUUUAGUGCCACUCUCAUUUUUAUGUUGGUUCCGUCCUGGUUAUAAAGCUUUUCGGGAUGAUAGUUCAUUCAAUUUUAUGUUGUAUUUUUUUGUAUUCUGCAUCCAGUUUGUCAUAACUAUUGUCCAAGCAUUAGGUUCAGAAAACUCAGGAUAUUGUGGUUUGUUCACUGCCAUUUCUAUAUACAAAGGUCCGCCUCCUAGUCCAUUUUUAGGUACAUUAGUAUUAAUGUUGGGUAUUGCUUUCACAAUUGGGGCAGUAAUGGAUUUCUUUUUACUGACCAAAAUUCAUAAAAUUUAUCGUAGUUCUGGUGCCAGUUUUGCUAAAGCUCAAGAGGAAUUCCGUUCAGGUGUUAUUUCUAGUGGUGCGGUUGGUAAUGUAAUAUCGUCUAAUAUCAGAUUUUAAUGAAAUAUUGUCUAACAAAAUAUAUAGACUUCUAAUUUAUCCAUUUUAUCACAAGAUAAUUCAUAAAAUUGUUAUAUUGUUUUCUUCUGUAAAUAUUGUCUGCUGCUACAAUAUUCUAAUACUUCAAUAAUAUGCGUGUAUACUGUAUAGUAAGAUAAUUAUUCAAGUUUAUUUGGUAAAAAAUAUUAUUUUAUUUAUGUCUUACACUUUAUUAAAAAUAUGUAAUUAGAUAGAUUUUUAAUAUCCUAUUUAUCAUGUUUUCUAUACUUAUAGUUAUUGAACUACGUGUAUAAGUUUAUUAUAAUUUAUUAAUUGGUCUUUUAUUUUAUAUACAAUUUUUAAUUCAUUAUAUAUUUUGUUUGUUUUUAUAUUUGUUAUAUUAAUAUUAAAUUAAUCAUUCCAAAUUAAUUAAAACAUUUUAUGUUUGUUUAAGUAAUUUCUGUGUCCUUACUUAUAUUUCAAUACAGUGAAUUGGUUAGUAUAUUUAUAUAAAUAAAAAAACUACUAAUGAAGUCAUAUUUUAAAUGUAUUUACAGUAUUUUUGAAGAAAAACUAAAAUAAGAAUCUUGUCUUAUUAAUUUUACUUAAACUAAUAAUAUAGUUAUAAUGUAAUAUACACUUAAUAUACUUCGAAAUAAAUUGAUUUUUAUUAUAAAGUA